AAGGAACUAGAAACGAGAAACACAGCAAAAGGGGGAAAAUUUGGGUGGGGGAAAACCCUCGUACUCUCCUCAUCGAACUCCGGCGAUCGACCCUCGAAGCUCGAUCGAAAGUAACGAUUCUGCAUCGAUCUCUCUGAAAGACCCGAUCGAUUUAUGUGUACUUGCCUACUUGGAGGAGGAGGUGUUAUCUACUUUGAUCGUUAGGGUUUGCAUUUUUGGACUUUGUUGACUUGUAAGAAAGAACUAAGAUACCUGCAUUGUGAUGAUCGGAUAGAAAUAGGAAGCUAAAAUGCCGGCGUAUCGCCAAUACUCGCGAAUCGAUACUGUGGAGCUCAAAAAUCAGCUCUUCAAGAAGCUUGGGAAGCAAAAAGCCGAGAAGUACUUCUACAUCCUCAAGAAGUUGCUUGACCAUAAAUUGAGCAAGUGGGAGUUCAAUAGAUUGUGUUAUAACACUAUUGGGAAGGAAAAUAUCGCCCUUCAUAAUCGGUUCAUACAGUCAAUCCUCGGAAAUGCCUGUCUUGCCUUUGGUCCGCCUAUUAAACAGGCAGCGACCGGCCACUCACGAACCAGUAAAAUUUCUAAUGGGCAUUUUGGAGACUCUUUCCCACCAUCUCCUAGGAGGGCAAGAUCAAUAAUUAGUCGGGAUGCAAAGCUUAAUGACCGCCCAAGUCCCCUUGGACCUUGUGGAAAAGUGGCUCAUGGCCAUGUGCAGGAAGUCACAAAUUCUUGCGACUUAUAUAGGUCGAAAGAGCAGCAUAGUGUUGUGGAGUUGAUAUCCAUAGGUAGUAAAGCUCUUUUAGAAGUUGCAUCGGUGGAAGAUGGUGAGGAGGUAGAGCAAGUGAGAUGUAGUCCGUGUGUUCAAAGCAGAAGUCCUGUAAGAGCUCCUCUGGGGAUUCCACAAACGGUUGGCUCUAUACGUCGUAAAGCGUUUCAUCUUUCUAAGUCUACUAUUCCUGAAUCUUGUUGCAGUAGUUCUGGAUUGCCAGAUACAAGGUCUUUACAGAAACACAUGGAGCAUAAGUUGGAGAUUGAAGGCCUUGGGAUGUCAGUCGAAUGUGCUGAUCUGUUAAAUAGAAGUUUGGAUGCUUAUCUGAAGAGGUUGAUUAAACCUUGUAUGGACCUAGCAAGAUCACGGCAUGGCAACAGGAGAAUAAGUCAUGCCAAUGGGAAGAUUAUUUUGGGUAUGAAUGGUGUACGGCAGGGUCAAAAUGUUAUGGGAUUAAAUCAGUGUUAUUAUGCUUCGUUACAAGAUUUUCAGGUGGCAAUGGAAUCAAAUCCUCAAUUACUUGGAGGUGAUUGGCCUCUACAACUUGAGAAAAUAAGCUCACGAGCUCUCGAAUAGUUUUUUUUUUAUUAGCCAUACAGUUUGGUGCCUGAUGGCAACCUUGUCUGAGCUCAACUGAAAGGGUACAGAGUGCUCAUCGAGUUUUGAGAUACUACUCAAGCAACAUAAUAAAUGUGGGUAGAAAGAAAUGCAAUAUAAGAUGAAAGAGUUACAUGCUUAAUUGCAAAAGAUUCGUCAAAUGCAGAUUAUUCUUCAUGUGAAGGUCUGUCAUGCAGAAUAAAGUUCAAAUAUAACAUUGUCUGAAGGGUUGAAUCAGGACAUUGUGCUGAGAGGAUGCAUUGAAAGCCAUUGAUCGGUCAAGAUACUAUCUCCAGAUUAGAGUGAUUUCCCAAACCACACCCCCCCAACCCUAUAUAUAUCCAGUUUAGUAAAUUGAGAUGGGUUAGAUCUUAUAUUACCUUUCAAACUUUCAUGCUUGUAUAUAUAGCAUUAGUUAUUUCAUUCUUGGGAAGUUUGAUGAGCUUGGUUCUACAUAAUCCACAAUGAGAGCAUGAUUAGGAAUGUGUACUUCGCUUGUUUACACUGUUUUGAAACGGUACUUUUGGCUAUUUUGAGCAAAACUAGUUGUUUGUACUUCAAUCUUGUGCUUUCUUACUACUAUUGAUAUAGUGAAGUUUUUCUGGGGCUACUUUAAAUCCUGCGAUACAAUUCAUUAGUAAGAGGUCUUUUGCUUCGUUGCUUGAUACAAUGCUGAAACCACUAUAUAAAAGCAUGUUGCUUAGCAAAAUUUAUUUGAAAGUCUGUCAAGAUCCAGGACUGUAUGCUUAUUUUUUGUCUAAUCGCAUUCCCUGGAAAUUUAAAUAAAACCUCUAUAUGUAGUUUAAUAUGUUCUUCAAGCAUAGUAUUAAGUAUAGUAUUUUCCUUUCAGUUUAAUCUUGCGUUAGUUGUCGCAUGUUACUGGAAUUUGGUAUUCUGUAGAUUGCAAUGGGUUCUUACAUAUCCUUCAUUUCCCACUUAUGAAUAUUUGCGCUGGUAAUAGAGUGGCCCACUGCAUAAAGCACCUACUGUAUUACAACUUGUAGCCUUAUUCUGUGUUCUAUAAAUUAGAAUUUACCUUGUAGCCUCACAAUGAAACAAGGUUUGUGAGUGCGGAAAAAUGCAUGUUUAAUUAGAUGCAAGUAUCUAAUUCAGGUGAAACGUUAUCUUAAUUAUCAGGGUCAUUGAGCAAUUAAUAUGUACAGCAAUGAAAUUAAGUUAGAUGUGCAUCAGUAAAAGUAUUCAUUUCAACAACCUCAGCUAAAUUAUCCUGCAAGCUGAUCUUUGUGCAUUUAAGUCUGGGAUAUUGAUGGAGAUAUUUUGCCUAUAUGCUUAAGUUAUUCCCAAUCUGAAGCUUUAGUUGGGAAAAAGGAGGUUAAUAUUGAAUCAUUGCAAAAGGCUAGUUUCAUCAAUGGCAGUGACGAUGUCUUGAAUUAAUAUGUUAGGAACUAUCAUUUUGGUUUCAAACUGACAAUUUUCAUUAGUAAAGUUGCCUAUUGUAUUUUUCUUUGAUAUUCCUUUAGAGCAUAGGUUCAUCAGGUGUAUGUAUACUAGUAUAAUUUUCUUUGACGUACGGGCAGUUAUAUUUGAUCCACUGCUUUAGAGCAUGGAACUGAAUCUGCUGCAUAGUUAGGUUCGUCAGGGUAAGCUGCGCGCUGUAGCUUGUUCUCCAAAUUGAUGUAUCUAGUAUUGGUGUAUUUUCAAGUACUUACAUGGAUAAAUGAGACAUUUCAAUUGCAGGUAAGUAUUGAAUUAGAAGUGUUAGUGCUGAAUUGUGCCGUUCUUCAUAUAAUUAUCAAAAAUUGGAGUCCUUUGAUAUAUUAACUAUAAUAAAAAUGUUUAACUAUAUUCCUUGUGUACUAGUUUGAGAAGUAGACGAGCUGAGUGUUUUUAAUGAUGAUGGAUGAUGUGAAUUCCAUGUUUCUUGGAACUUUCUUGGUCUUGUUUUUUAUAGGUUCUUGCUGAGCAGCACAUGUUUCAGUGUUAUAGUCUGAGGCAUGCCAUGGUGGAGCCCUGAUGUCAUCUUUCUUUUUUCUUUUUAAUGAGCUGGUAAUGGCGUUGACAAUUGUAUUAGUUGCUUGGUCGGUCAAUCAGUAAAAUCAAUUAGCAUUAUAUUGAUUUAGCAAUGCUGAUACAAUUCUUGAUUGUUUGACAAUCAGCCAAUUUAGCCAUCUCAGUUGGUGAAUAUUUAAAUCUAGAAGUGCUGGUGCCUACACUUCUCAACUACAAGUUGAAGCUAAACUCUGGAGCCAGCAGUAUUGGUUUCUUGACUUAGCUAGGUUGAAGCAUUCUUGUCGUAUUCAGAUUAUCUGCAAGAAUGGAGUAUUGGAAAUAUAUAUUGUUUACUUCAUACUCCCAUCCAGUGCCAAUGUAAAAUGUAGAAUUUACAAAAUAAUAAUGUAUGUUAAUUUAUAUAUAUCUUUUUUUUUAAUUUAUAUAUAUCUUUUUUAUUCUGAUGAACUUCUAUUUGGUUUCUGUAACUGCUUCUAGUUAUUCUCAUGCUGCCUUGGUGAUUCCCCGUUAAGUUUAUAGUUUCCUCAGGUUCCCAAACCAUUGCGUGUUUAGUUUGUCUUCAGUAUCUUUUUGGUAAUUGUUAGGUAAGCUAAUGCUGUUUAUUUGGAUUUUUGAUACUUAUGUAACCUCGUCUGUACUGCUGUUUGCUGGUUAUUUGAUUCUUUGUAUUUUAUUUAUCUUGCAGUGAGUAAGAGCCAUGGUUACUCGAACUGCUGAGCUUCAAGAAUGUGGUAGAAGCAGAUGUCAGUUAAGACAGUUCGAUGAUAUUGUAAUAUCAGAAGCUUGCCAUGAUAAUUACGACUAUUCUUGCAGUUGAUUAGUGCACAGAAGAUGAUGCAAAAAAAUUUUUAGCAGAGUCAGAUGAAUCAGAAACUGCAACACAGGAAACAGAGAUUAAGCGGAGAGGCUCCUCGCCUGGUCCACUCGGAGGCUAAUGCUGCUGUGCUCCAAGCGCCUUCGCUGGCCCUCCUUGUACGCAGUUGAAUUCGGGUUCUUCUUCCUGCAGGUGGGAUAUCGGAAUCCGCCUUCCUCAGCAUCUCCCACAUCACGUGCACGUCCUCGUACUCGCACGUCCGCACCUCUUUCCUCAGCUUCCUCAGCCCUGUUGUUUCCACAGUACGCCAAUCUCAAAGCAGCAUUGAUGGUAGUUUCGGUGUGGAUUUAGCAUAAUGCACUUACCGGUGGUUUGUUGGAAGCCGAGCCGAGUAGCGACAUUGAUCCAAACUCGCCUGAUCAUCGGGAGCACGAUCUCAUCCCACCACUCCAUGACCGCCCUACUGUUCCGUGUGGGCUCGCGUGAUGCGGAUGCGGAUGCGGACGCGGACGGCCUCCUCAUCCGCACAAGAGGCACCACUGGCGCGCAUGUUGCACACCGGCUCUUUCCCCGUAAGCGCCGCUCGGUCAGCGCCACGUGGCCAAAGCCGCGUAGCGAGGUGUACGAAACCACACGUUUUUUUAAUUCCCCUCAUCUCAUGACGAGUGGGCUGCCACCGCCCCCGGUUUUGUACGGUUCUGGUGCAGGAAUUUUGUCUGGACACGGGGAAGGCUUUUCGAACCACCCUUUUUGGUGAAUAGCCCUGGAAACCACCCUCCCCCGUAGGCUAUUUUUAGACAGGCUCUCAUGUUCCAUUCCAUAAGAUAAAAUACCUAAUUGUAUUUAAUUGGCCAAUUAAGCUCUAAGCUCUUAUGCUGUUAAAAA